AAGGCGUUCCAGAAGGGCGGCCCAUCGUUCGGAGGAUGGCAGGUACGUCACAUCCGCUCAUCUCACACUCAUCACUGACAAAAAACACAGAUGCUCCCGGGAACAAAUCAUUCCCGUGCAAUUGCUCGUUCGGGAGUCGACUGGAUCUGCAUUGACUGUGAACACGGCAACAUCGACGAUGGCGAAAUGCACGAAGCAGUCGUAGCCAUAGCCCGCGAGGGAGUCUCCCCUAUCAUCCGCAUAGCCGCCAACGAGCCAUGGAUGGUAAAACGCGCCCUCGACACCGGCGCCCACGGCAUCGUAGUCCCACUAAUCUACACCGUGGCCGACGCCCAAAAGCUCAUCAACUCCGCAAAGUUCCCACCCGAAGGAACCCGAGGUUUCGGCUCCCCCUUCGCGCCGCAAGUCUUCGGCAACCAGCCCAUGUCCCACUACCUCCUGAACGCAAACACCUCCCUCAUAACAAUCGUGCAGAUCGAAACCGCCUCGGCCCUGGCCGCCGUGCGCGAGAUAGCCGCGCUUCCCGGCGUCGACUGCCUUCUCAUCGGCCCGUUUGAUCUGGGGAAUAAUAUCGGGCGCCCCGUGUUGGGCGAGAUGCAUCAGGAGCUUAAGGAUGCGAUUGAGGCGAUUAAAGAGGCGGCGCAUGCCGAGGGGAAGAAGGUGGGUAUUUAUUGCACGAGUGGGGAGCAGGCGAGGAUGUAUGCUGAGAGGGGGUUUGAUAUGAUUAGUAUCGCGACGGACUUUAUUGCUAUUACGCAGACUUUUGCGCAGACACUGGCUGUGGCUGGUAAUAAGGCAGGCGGAGAGGAGAAGAAGAAGGGUGAUACAGGAUACGAUGGGCGGUGA